GGGCGGAAGUCGGGAGGUUAGAUGAUCCAAAGACGCCAGCUUGUGACGGGGAAGGGGGCAGAAGGAAGGCUUCCGUAAAGGGUGCCUUUCUCUCCCUUCGCUCCCGGGGACCCUCGGAAAAAGCCCACCGUCCUGACCCCGCGGCUAGCCCCUCCCCCAGGCUCUCUCCGCUCGAUUUCGCACCGUUAUGUGGGAAGCGAAUCCGCUUACAAGUGAGGGUGAGAAGAGAAUUCUGCCAACACUGUCAGUUCUUUCCUCGUCCGCGUAGCACACGCUGGGGAAUGGUGUGGUGAUGUUCACUUCCCAUUGUCCCCUUCAGCCCCUGGUUGCAUUGAGAGGAUCUGGCUAUGUAGCCCAGGUGGCCCCAAACUGAUCAUCCUACCUCCAGUCUCCUGACUGCUGGAAUUACCAGAAUGCACUGCAAGCCUGGCUCCUGAUACUAAACACUUCUCCCUAAGAUCAGAAGAGGGGCAGCGACGCCCAUUCCUUAUUCAGUACUGCAUUAGAAGUUUUAAGACAAGAACAAGAAAUAACAGACAUUUAGAUUUUAGAAGUCAAACUGCCUUUAUUCAAGUGAUGUUCUAGUUUGCUUUCUGUUGCUAUAAUAAACACCAUGACCAAAAACAACUCGGGAAGAAAGGGUGUAUUUCAUCUUACAGGCUACAGUCCAUCACUGAAGGAAACCAAGGCAGGAACUGGGGCAGAGAGCAUGGAAGAACACUGCUUACUGGCUUGCUUCCCCUGCUUGCUCAGCUGCCUUUCAGAAUACAGCCCUGACCCCCAGGGAUGGCACUGCCCAUCGUGUGCUGGAACAUCCUACAUCAAUUAGGAAAUUAGAAAAUGCCCCACAGGUAUGGGCACAGGAAAUUAUUCAGUUGAGAUCCCUCUUCCUGGGUGUAUCAGGUUGACCACUAAAGCUAUGACAAAAGACAUGAUGAGUAUCUAGAAAAUCAUGGUGUCUCCUAAAAGUUCUUAGAAUAAAUAAGUGAAGUUUGUGAGGUUACUGGAUAAAGGGUCAGUAUACAAAACUCAGUUAUCUAUACAUACUGGCUGGCAGCCUAAAAAUCAGAAACUGGCUUUUAAAAUGUGAUUUCAUUUAUAAUAUUAUAGAUCAUGAAAAACGUGGGUGUGAACCUGCAUAGGGCAUGGGAUUUACAUAGUGAACAUAAAGCAUUCCUGAAAGUAGUUAAAGAACCUAGUCAGGUAGGUCCAGAGAUAAAGCUCAUUCAUGGUUGGGACACUCAGUGUUGCUGAGUGUCUGUCUGAGCUAGACUGACAGAGUCAGUGGAACCCCAGGGGAAAUUAGGAGGACCCAGAAUAGCCCAACACAAUUUAAAAAAGGAAGACAGUGUUUGGAGAGUGAACACUACCUGAUGUCAAGAAUCCAGGAUGAACCACAAUAACCAGAGCAGAGUAGUAUUGGCAUCAAGUUCCCUCCCUUGGAGUCUGGUCAACCUACCAGGUGCCAUACACCUAAAGAAAACUGACUCUCCCUCUCUCAGCAGCUGUGAAUUGCCAAUAGAGCUUCAGUGACUUCUUCAUCACAAUAUCCACCCAAGAACAUCAAAAAAUUUUCAAAUAUAAGAAGAUGUUUCACAAAACAGAAGAAUUCUUCUCCCAAAGGGUGGAUGGCGAAGUGGAUGACAUGGACACGUCAGACACACAGUGGGGCUGGUUCUACCUGGCUGAGUGUGGGAAGUGGCACAUGUUUCAGCCGGAUACCAACAUUCAGUGUUCAGUUAGCAAUGAAGACAUCGAAAAAAGCUUCAAAACAAACCCUUGUGGCUCCAUUUCUUUUACUACUUCCAAAUUCAGCUACAAGAUAGACUUCGCAGAAAUGAAGCAGAUGAAUCUCGUUACUGGGAAGCAGCGCCCAAUCAAAAGGGCCCCCUUCUCCAUCAGUGCUUUCAGUUACAUCUGUGAAAACGAGGCCAUCCCCAUGCCAACACACUGGGAGAAUGUGAAUACUGAAGUUCCCUAUCAGCUUAUCUCCUUGCAGAACCAAACACAUGAAUACAACGAAGUUGCUAGUCUCUUUGGAAAAACAAUGGAUCGCAACCGAAUUAAGAGAAUUCAGAGGAUUCAAAACUUAGACCUAUGGGAGUUCUUCUGCAGGAAAAAGGCUCAGCUCAAGAAGAAGAGAGGCAUCCCUCAGAUUAAUGAACAAAUGCUGUUUCACGGCACCAGCAGUGAAUUUGUGGAAGCAAUUUGCAUUCAUAACUUUGAUUGGAGAAUAAAUGGUAUACACGGUGCUGUCUUUGGAAAAGGAACCUACUUUGCUAGAGACGCUGCCUACUCCAGUCGAUUCUGCAAAGACGAUAUCAAGCAUGGAAACACGUUCCAGAUUCACGGCGUCAGCCUGCAACAGAGACACCUCUUUAGAACCUAUAAAUCCAUGUUUCUCGCUCGUGUACUAAUUGGCGAUUACAUAAAUGGAGACUCCAAGUAUAUGCGGCCUCCUUCCAAAGAUGGGAGCUAUGUGAAUUUAUAUGACAGCUGUGUGGAUGACACCUGGAACCCAAAGAUCUUUGUGGUUUUUGAUGCCAACCAAAUCUACCCUGAGUACUUGAUAGACUUCCAUUGACCCCGUCUCCCAGUCUCAGUGGUCAGAACUUUGUUCUUUUUUGUAGGAGGUUUUGAUCUGUCUUUUAGCCACUAAAUAUAAAUAUCUGAUACUUUUGAAACAGAUACAAAAAAAAAGUGGCCCCAUAUAUAAAGACAUGCUCACUGUCUGGUUGGUUUUAUGUCAUUUUGUUUCUGUCUGUUACAGUUAUGUUAAAGACCGAUACCAUCGGUGCUUUAUUUAACACACAGGAGUGAAAGAUACCAUUCACAGCUGAACUGGCUGAGUCUCAUGACCGUGGCCAUGCAGACUCUUUCAAGUUUAUAUGUGUGCGAUCAUGAUAAGUGAUUUUAGUUCAAGUUCCCCAUUAGAGGAACUGAUACUUUCUGAAUGGAAUUUUGGUGUUUCUGUCUGCCAUGAAUACGUGGCUUUGUUGGGUCUUCUGAAGGGGGCAUUUAAACCCUGAAAGAGUCUGGGCACUUUGAGAGAAGAAACAAGAAUAUCAUCUGCCAUAUUACCAAACAAGCUGGAUGGAGAAGGUUGAGAGAGAGAGAGAGAGCCCUGCUUCCCUCUGCCUGGGGAAGGUGGGCUACAGCCUGUCCCUGUCACUCUCCUCCACCUCUGCCAUCCGAUCUGACCUUUAAUGCACUGUCACUAGCCUACAGUUCAGCCACCAGCGUUCUGCAAUUCCUGAACCAAGAUGUCUAUUUUCUCUUCUUUGCUGUAGAUCCCUCCAGUGAAGACUCCUAAAAUGUUUUCUCUGGCCCUCCCCGACAUGCAUACUACUCAGUAGUGAUUCCUAAGGUCAUGUGUCUUCAUGGUGUCUGUCCAUUUUGAAUGAUUGCAGUGAGCAGGGGAUGCUGGGAACAAAUCUGGUUUAAACUUCUGAAGCGUGACUGAUGAUGCCGGAUUUUCUUGGACAGCUAGAUACAACUUCAGGUUGUGCUUCUUGGAAACUCGUCUGCCUGCUUGUUCCACCUGUUUGCUGUUCUGCUGACAGAAGGAUUAAGUGACGCUGCACCGGCUUCCUACCCAUUAGCAGAGGCAAGACGACAUCCAUGCACAAUUCUGUCUAAGAGUCCCAAGUGUCGGGUGAGGAAUCGUCCAUAUGGAUGUCUUCCCAACAUUGAUUUUCCCAUGAUUCUUCAUGAGAAAGCACUUGCACCGAGCCUUUCACCUCAAACCUUUUUCUAACUCUUCAUAUUAAAUUUUGUCUCUGUUAUCCCAUC